AUGACCGUCAUAUACCGACCAGGUCAUGACAACCCAGCUGACUACCUCAGCCGUCACCCUAUACACCUGCCACCGAGUGACAGAGAACAAAAAGUAGCAGAAGAAUAUAUAAACUACAUCCUCUCAACAUCAACCCCCAAAGCAAUGACGAUUGAAGAAGUCGCAAUGGAAACCACAAAGGACAAGACACUCACAGCCGUCAUACAAGCCCUCCUCACCAACAAGUGGUACGGUAUUGACGAUGACGUAGAUAAAGCAACAUUCCAAACUCUGCAUGCCAACCGUGCCGAACUCUCACAAGUGCACAAUGACAGCAUCAUUCUCAAAGGACGGUGGAUAGUACUGCCCAAAACACUACAAAGCAGAGCUGCCCAAAUCGCACAUACCGGACAUCAAGGCAUUGUGAAAUCCACGGCCCUCCUCCGAGAAAAGGUCUGGUUCAAAAACAUGCAGGCCCUAGUAGAAGAAAACAUCAGAAACUGUCACACCUGCCAGAUCAGCACCCUCAAACCUGCAAGAGAACCACUGCAAAUGUCCCCACUACCAGUGGCUCCAUGGACAGAAGUCAGCGCUGACUUUGGACACCUCCAAAAUGGGAAAUACCUACUUGUCACAGACGUGUACUCACGCUACGUUGUUGUUGACAUCCUAGACUCCAUCUCAACGACAUCAGUGAUACCCCGUCUGGACAAAAUAUUUGCGGAGUUUGGGGUACCAGUAUCCCUCAAAACGGACAAUGGCCCACCAUUCAACAGCAGUGAUUUCAAAGACUACGCCUCCAUCACCGGAUUCAAACACAGGAAGAUAACACCCUUGUGGCCCCAGGCCAAUGCUGAAACAGAACGCUUUAUGCGCACUGUAAAAAAGUCCAUCAAGGCUGCCCUAAUUAAAGGCCGAAGCUGGAGGCAGGAAUUAUUCAAAUUCCUACUGGACUACCAAACAACGCCACACUGCAUUCCUAUUUGGCCGGACCAUAAAAAACCGCCUGCCACACUUGAUCACACCCAUAGCUGGAGACCCCAGCAUCAGGGAGCGUGA